AUGCAUUCUGACAUCCAUGUAGUCGUCCGCUUCCAUGAUCAAUCCGUGUUUGCGGGCGAGCAGCUCCGAUGCACCAUCACCUUUAGAAAUGUCGCGUCUUCGUCCGAGCCCUUGACACCGUCCUUCCAAAGCCUCCGACGGCAGAGGCGUGAGAGCAUCAGUCAGCUUGCCGCCGCUCAGUCGACGAAGCCCAGUACUGUGCUGAGGCUGAGCCAGAAUGGCCAGAACGGCCGACCGAACAGCCACGAGCAGGGACCUGACCAGCCCGCCCAAAGGCCAGGCCACAAGCAACAGAGAUCUGUGUCGAUAAUCUCGCUGACGUCGCCGACCAUCGCGGGGGAUGUUGACCACGGUGCCUCUGGGGGCAGAGCGAAGCCCAAAAGGCCAGCUCAUUCGCGGUCUUCGACCGUGCAGAUUCAUCAUGCUCAUCCACACAUAACUCCGCAAAGAAGACCCAGCCAGCAAUAUCACCGAGAGUCUCCGACUAGCCUUCAACCACCACCUAGAGGAGGUCGACGAAGUCCAUUGUCCACAGCGGCUAGUGGGAGUCGCGAUUCCUCUUCCGACAUGAGACACAUUCCGACCCCAGAAACCGCUAAGAGCCAGAACUCGGACAACGAGCCCAAUGACCUGCAAAUCCCCAGCCCUAUCGACUCUAGCGAGGCUGCUAGAACUUCGGGAGGUGGUGGCCACGACCCCGCCAGCGAAAGGAGCAGCGGCGACUUCUACUCGCUCAGCAACCACUCGCAAGAAACGCUCGUGUCGGAGCAACCUUCGAUCGUGUCAGAACACCGUCCGACAUGGAUCAACUCUUCUGCCGCGAUUCCGCGGCGCCUGCCGCUGAGGCCGCCGCUCCGGCCCCAGGCCGUGAAUCUCCUGAUGGGCUAUGCGCAACUGAGCGCGACGUUCACGCUGGACGCCUCGCUGAUCGACCAGUCCCACUUUGAGGAGGUGAAAAGCAAAGGGUUUCUGGGUGGGCAGGCGGGCGGCGGAGUGGUCGGGGUCAAGAAGCCACGCCCAAACAGCGGCUUCCUGGGCCACUUCAACCUCAACGCGCUGGGGGGUUCCUUGAACAGCCUCAUGGGCGGCGAGGAGAUGAGCAGCGUCAAGGCGAUGCACGCCGUGACCAGCUCGCGCGCCAUCCCCAUCCUCUCGACGCCGCAGUCACUGUUGUUUGUCGACAUGCACCUCGAGCCCGGCGAGGAGCAGAGCUACUCCUAUACCUACCCGCUCCCGCGAGGUCUACCGUCCAGCCACCGCGGCAAGGCUAUCAAGAUCGCGUAUACCCUGACGGUCGGCGUGCAGGGCGUGCCGGGGAGUCGGGACGUGCACACGGUGCGCCAGGUCAGCAUCCCCAUCCGCGUGUUCCCGGGAGUCAGUCACGACGGCGAAAUCUACGGUCACGAUCUGAUGCAACCUCAUGUCAUUCUACGCGAUCUCGCUCGCACAAAGUCUAUUUCUGCACCACACGACCACGAAGAAGCGGCAACCCCGACCACGCAGGCGGCCGAGAAGUCCAGCUUGGAGUUUCUGCAGUUCGUGGACACGCUCCUGGACCGCAACCGCCGGCGGCAGUCGAGCUCGGGGCCGAUGGAAGCCUUUCUGAGUACCCACGACGCAGGGGCUCGGGGCAAGGCCCUCCAUGCCAUCGACCGCGCCAUCCUCUUCAGCAACUCCCUCUCGGACAGUGAAUCGAGCCCGAACCGCUUCGAGAUAUCGCGGAACGGGUCGCGAGUCGCGGUCAUCGUCAUCGAUCGCCCGCUCCACCGGCUCGGCGAGACGGUCACCGCCGUCAUCGACUUCUCCGAGGGCCAAGUGCCCUGCGCCUCGCUCAAAUCGACCCUCGAGACCUGCGAGAAAGUCGCCCCGUCCCUCGCCGUCCGCUCCGUCCAUACCAUCAACCGCAUCACGCGGAAGGUCUAUGCCGCGCGGGCCGAGAACAUCCUCUUCGCGCAACGCGCGACGUUCGCGCCCAGCAUCCCCGCCUCGGCGACGCCCACGUUCGUCACCUCCGGGGUCAAUCUCGACUGGAGUCUGCGCUUCGAGUUUGGAACCAUCAAGCCAGUCGAGACCGACGAUGGCGAGAUACAGGCUGUGGCGGACCUGCUUGAGGAGGUGGUCAAUGACGAGCGCGGCACGGUCAAUGUCGCGGCUGAGAAUCUGGAAUGCGACACCUUUGAGGUAGUAAUACCCAUCACCGUCUACGGCGAUCUAGUCCCCGACGGCAAGGAGGGUGAGGAGAUUGUCGGUGUCCCUGUCUAG